AUGUUCUAUUCUUUGUCAACAGGCUUCUUGAUUCUAUCUCUCGUUGCCACCUUAAUUUUAUCCCACUUCCGACAACAUACGCGCGCAGACGGAGAAGGAUGCAAGCCGCCUCCAUCGUAUCCCCACAUCGAUCCUAUCUUCGGGCUCGACUCUCUCAUCCUCUGUCUCCGUAACCUACAGCGCGGAAACUUGAUGAACCAUCUCGACAACACCUUCAAGCGCAUCCAAGGUGGCGUAUACACAUACUCGACCAACUUCCUCGGCUCCCGCGUCAUCUACACCAUCGAGCCUGAGAACGUAAAGACUAUCUUCGCCACCCGCUACGAGGACUACGGCCAGUCCCAGACACGCAAAGAUGCACUUGCUAUCUUCGGGCCAGGAAUCUUCACGCUCGACGGUGCACAAUGGCAAGCUUCGCGAGCGCUGCUGCGACCCAAUUUCGUCCGCAGCCAGAUUGGGGACAUGUCUAGGCUCGAGGUGCAUGUGCGACAGCUCAUUGAGAAGAUUCCCAAGCACGGAAAAGUCGUGGAUCUGCAGCCACUGUUUGGCGAGCUGACGAUGGAUUCAGCGACCGAGUUGAUGCUGGGCGAGAGCACGAAUCUGCUGAGCGGGACGCCGCGAGAUGAGGCGAGGAGGUUCAUGGACGCGUUUACGUACGCGUCUGAGGGGCUAUCGUUCCGCAUGGGUAUUGGGUGGUUGGCGACGCUGAUGCCGGAUCCGAAGUUCCAUCAGUGUAUUAGGGAUAUGAAAGCAUUUGUCAACAUCUAUGUUCGACGGGCCCUCGCGUUGCAGAACGCUAACAAAGGGACGAUGGCGGAUAACGGAGACGAGGAGGAAGGGGCAAGAUACGUCUUUCUGCCACACCUUGCGAGGAGUGGGUAUGAUGAAAAGAGGCUUGCUGCGGAGCUGAUGGCUGUUAUUGUUGCGGGAGGGGGUACGACGUCUAGUUUGCUGACGGUAUUGUGGUUUACACUUGCACGUCGACCUGAUGUGUUUUCUAAGCUACGGAAUGAAGUAUUAUCGAGUUUCGAGACACAACUCCCUAAUUUCGAAGACGUUAAAGGCUUGAAGUACCUGAAUUGGACCAUAAGAGAAGUUCAACGACUCUACCCCGUCAUCCCAGUCAACUCCCGCAUUGCGCUCAAAGACACCAUCCUCCCCCUCGGUGGUGGCAAAGACGGGCGAUCCCCCAUAUUCCUCUCCAAAAGCACGCGCGUGUUGCAUUUUCCCUACUCGAUGCACCAUCGCAAAGAUAUCUACGGCGACGACGCUGAUGAGUUCCGCCCAGAGAGGUGGGAGAGCCUCAGGACUAGCUGGGAGUACCUCCCCUUCUCCGGCGGGCCGCGCACGUGCAUCGGCCAACAGCACGCCCUCACUGAGGCGCUCUACACCACCGUCCGGCUUUUACAAUCGUUCGAAGACGUACAGCCGGGCGACAGUUCAGUAUGGGCAGAGAAGCUGGUUCUGUCAAUGUCAGUGAGGUCGGGGUGCAAAGUCAAACUGACAACCCAAACCCUUUUCCACCCCAACCUCCCGCAUCCCUAAAGCACAUCCCAAAAAAGAAAGAGACCCCACACGCGCAAAAAGAAGAGACUCUUAGAGGAGCGAGAGAGCUCACAGAAAGUUAAGUAGGGCCUGCACUAAAAAGAACAUCUGGGGAGCAAAACACCACCCUCUUUCGAGGGUGUAGCCACCCCGGAUGGGGUUUCUCUAAGUCUCGCCCGCCCGCGGUAUAUUUUCAAUUCUGUCAUCUUAACCGGCCACUCUCAGCCUCACGCACCAACUGCAUACGUCCUCUUUACCAGGCUUCCAA